UGUAUUUUUUUAGACUGACCACUGUCUAUUCCUCAAUAUGUACACUUGGGGAGAAGGGUAGAUCAUUUGGAUGCAAAUUUAUUGAAUGUGUUGUUUGUUCUAUUAGUUCUAUUUCUAUGUAUCAGUCACACAUGCUUUUCAGUCCUAGUAAUUUUUGUUCUUUGCAUUUUACACCUUUUUGUUAACCUCGCGAUAGUUCACACACAGCUUCAAACCAGUCGGCACACUUCCUGACCGGUAGAUAACGAACAAAGUAGUAAAGGAUUAGAAAGGAGGUUUUAGUUGUUCUUAAUGUUUGGUUCUUUAGUCCGUAAACUGUGAUUGACUAGACACUCCAGUACAGUAAGUGGCGGCAUUCAACGAUAACGUUUGUUUGCGGACCGCCAUAAUAUUAUAGAAGAAGAAGAAACCUAACAAUGCAGUGCAACACUGUGACAACUAUCCCCAAAGGGCUACUGCAGCUUCGAGACAGUUUGAGUAGCAUGAUGGACAGCCUUUACAAAGACCCCAAGGUGGCAGCUCUGAUGAACACAUCAAUGGGGCAGUACCUCAAUGGCCACCCAUUCUUAGCCCUGGCUGUGUUGGUAUUUGGCUCCAUGGCCACUGUACCCAUUGGGAUUUUCCUGACCUUUGCCACUGUUACAUUCAUUGGUGCCACUGUGGGUUUCGUUUUAUUGGAGGUGUUUCUGCUAUCCCUAGGAGGGGUCAGUCUGCUGUGUGUGCUCUCUGCUCUGGCCAUCCUCUCCAUCCUGGUCUCCUUGGUCCUUGGUGCCUGUUACAUUACCUCUUACAAUGUGCUCAACUUCUACUACAGCCAGCGAGAUGAAGAAGCCUAUGGAAAGGGAAGCCGGAGGUUUAAGGAGCUGCAGCGUCAGUGAUGGAGAUGGCCUUCUACAGACACAAUCGUAUACUGAUCACUGCACUGCAGUCCUUUCACUGGCAGAUAGGGGUUCCUCUAGACUCAAGAACUAGAUAGAGUAAAACCUCAGGUUGACUUUUCAUUAAAGGCCCAAUGCAGCUGUUUUUAUCUCAAUAUCAAAUAAUUUCUGGCUAAUAAUUAAGUACCUUACUGUGAUUUGUUUUAAAUGAAAACAAACAAAAAAUGCUUCUUAGCAAAGAGCAUGUUCUCAAGCAAUAAUUGUUUAGGUCUAAGUGGGGAGGGAAAAACUGAAACAUAUGUUAUUGUCAGAGACAUUUGGAACUCUCUUUCUUAUUAGUCUAUAAACUAAUUUACCGCCAGGUGAUGUCAACAGGCAGGCCACAUUUUCAGUCCACCAAAGCAGGCUGAAAUUUCAGGUGGUCUUUUCAAACAGCUCUUGCACUGAAAGGGCAUCAUUUUCACAAUUGCACAGUAUUAUUCCAACAUCAUCGUCUGGAAAUAUUUAUAAAACAGAAAAAUCUUUGACUGGGCCUUAAACUAGAAAAGUAUCCAUUAUCCAAACAGCCCAAUGGAAUCAUCACCAUUGAUACAAGUAUUAAUAUUUCUUUAUAUGAUUCUGGAGGUUGUAUAAUUUCACCUGACUGAAUGUAGGCACAUUGAUUGUUGAUUUAUUUUAUUGCAUUAUAGCAUUUGUACUAAUAUCUCUAUUUUCUUGAUCUUUCUAAGGGUUAAGAGUACAAAGAUGUAUAUUUGAUACAUAAACAUAGUUUAAAUUCAAGCUGCUAUCGGUUGCUAGUCUGAUUGUCAGAUGUUACAUGCAAUGAAUGCACCUUGGUUUUAUUGUCCAUUUGCAAUGGGGAGAGGUUUAAGAACCUGUAAUGGUAGAAAUGAUUUGUUAAACAAAGCCCAUUUAGAACAUGGCAGAUGACCAGGUAGCACUGCAAAUAAUAUACCGGUUACUGCUACAUUGUAUUUGACAAUCUGUGUAUUCUGGAAACAAUGUGUGCAGUAUGCUAUAAUCCAUAUUGUACAUUUGCCAAAGAUUUUUCUUAAAUGUGUUCCUCUAGUUUUUAUCCACAUAGGAUUAAUAACAGGUCAGUCUUAAGUUUCAAAUCUGUGGUCCAUUUGAAAAGUGGGAGCUAGUUUCUGUUACUAAGAUCAUGUCAGUUUGUGUGAAUCAGAAAUGUAAAGUAUGCACUAAUAGAGAGUGACUGAUUUGUAUCAAAGUGUUUUUAUAUGUAUUCAAUUUAAUGUACCUUUUCUCUGAAGAUUAGUGGUGAGAUGUUACUUUGAUGGAAUGUUACAAGUAAAUCACUUCAACUGCACUAAAUUGAUUUGCUCUAGAAAGCCAGUGUCUCAAUAUUGUAAGACAUUUUUCUAAUGUACAAACGUCAUUUGUAAUGAUUGACCCAGAUUUGUAGUUCUGGCCUUGAGCAGUUAAAUGUUCUGUAUUGUCAUGUUUAAUGUGGACCCCAGGAAUAGUAGCUGCUGCUUUCACAACAGUUAAUGGGGAUUCUAAUAAAAUAAUACAAGUAAUUCUAA